AUGGGGGAAACACUUCGCACGCCACCGGCCUUGGGCCCUCGUAUGCCCAAGAAUGGGACGCUGAUGGUUGACUACCCCGAACUCAACGUUGCCGAACCCCUACUCGACACGUACUCGCCGUUCCCGACCUUUGGCAGCGGCGACCCCUUUGGCCUCAACGCAUUCCUUCUUCACCCCGCUGACCCGACCUUUGACUACCUCUUGACUCGCCCAAUCGCGGGAGAGCUUCUCCCCGCCGACCAGCAUGCCAAGGUGCCUCCAGGCCUAUUCAACCAGCGCCUGACGCCUUCGUCCCUUCAGCCUCCAGGGCCGACUGCCAAGGACACCCGGCGCCGGUCACCGCUAGCUCUCGAAGUCAAGCCGGGAGAUGACGAGGAGGAACAAUCUGCCGACAGCAGCAGCAUGUCACGACUGCGACCGAUGUCGGUUGGCAACAGUUUGCGUGCCAUGAUCGGCCGCAAGUCUGCCGCCCCAGAGGCCGAGUCACCGAUAGAGGAAGACGCCGCCUACGUCAGGUCUGAGUCUGUUUCCUCCGCCCUGUCGUCGAGCAGCUCGACGGACGGAUCUGACGGUUUGAGGACACCCCGUGACAGCACCCACAACUCGCCCGAUGAGACGAGCGCGGCCGCCGCCAAGCUUGCCGCUGCGCUUGCCGAAGACGAUGAGCGACGCCCCAAGUCGGUCUCAUGGCGCAACUGGCUGGGCAGCAAGAACAAGCGCGGAUCGUUCCUCCCCUUCCGCAGCGACGACGCUUCCCCCAGCGAGUCUGGAACGACGCUCCAGGAGUCGCCGCGGGCCAGCGCCAUCGACCUUGCAACCGAGGCUCCGGUUCCGGAGGGAAUCUCGCGCUCCGCGAUUCAGCUUAGGAGGGUGUCGCUGAACAAACUCGGAUCUCUGCGUAUGCCCUCGCCGCACCCAUUGGCGCUCGUCCUCAUGCGUCAGCGCGCCAACCUGCCUGACGAGGUUGCGUUUUCUAUCCCGUCUUCGAAGCGCGUGUUCCCCAUGUCCGUCAACGCGCACCAGGGCGUUGGAUCUGACCUGAUGCCGGCACAGGGCGGCCUCCGCCUCGCACUGGCCGUCCGCAACGUCAUUACAAAGCUCGACGCGGGUGACCGUCCGCCAGAGCUCUCGCAGGUUAAAUCUCGCCAGCCGCCUCGCCAAAAUGCUAUCCGUCCCCGCGGCGUCCGUGACUUUGUCGACCGCAAGCCGUUCGAGGAGCGCAUGCUCGUCUAUCACCCUGACGGCUCGUGCUCACAAAUUUCCAUGGCUCGCUCAGGCUUUGCCAUCGAGGACCUCGACUUCUCUGACCACAUUCUCGCUCUGAUGCGCGGCCAGGAGACGCCGUCCAGCUCUUCCUCGUCGCUCUCCCAGCGCUCCAGUCUGGCGCCGACCCGGUCGCAGUCGACUAACAACCUCUCGAUCCGCUCCCAGCCGCAGACCCGCAUGUCGACUGUCCCCGCGACUGGCCGACCAGUAUCAUCCUUCCGCAAGCCCACCAAACCCGCUACCUGGGACGACAGCUCGGACGAGGAAGGCGACGUCCCUCCCUCCCGCCCUGUUGCUCUUCGAUCGCAGACUGCUCCCGCCCGCGCCAUCAACAAGAACGCUGUUAACCGAGUCUCCCGAGUCAUGGACGCACAGACCGCGCUGGAAGUCGUCACCAAGGCACGCGAACGCCGCCAGGACAACGAUUCGGGCAACGUUGAGCGCCGCCAGGUCGGAGCGGACAUUACGCGCGAGCAGAGGCGGAAGAGCAUGAUGCCUACCUCCGUCUCGACCUCGGCUCUUGUUCAAAAGGACAGCCGUCCUGCCGCUCAGCAGCGCGCAUCGAGCAUGGCGAUCACCGCGCUCAAGGCGAGGGACCAGACGUCGCGCAACCCCCGGGCACGCGCUUCCUCUGCGACGUUAGCCACCCGGGCUCGCGAGGAUGCCCACGCCGAGGCGGCUGCCAAGCUCACCGGCAGCAAGACUGGCAGGAGCGAGCACCGCACUCGCUCACCUGCUCCCUCGCUGCCCGCGACGUCUCGAUCGCAGGGCCGACACUCGCUCAACCCGUCUCUUAGGGCGAGACAGAGCACGAUGGCGAUGGGCAUGUACCCGAUGCCGAUGGCGCCCGUUCCGACGGUCGCCAUGUACGGAUCGCCGAUGAUGGGCCAGCCCAUGAUGUUCACGCCGAUGAUGCCCGUCAUGACUGGCCCGAUGCAGCCGAACCACACGGCCAUGUACCACCAGCCCCAGUACGGCUCGAUGGUCCCGAACAUGCCCAACUACCGCCCGCGACCUCCUGCGACUGGCCGCCGCCGCGAGCGCCCUGUCUCCUAA